AUGUCGCUCGACUACACGACACGGUUGUCAGACGAGAUUCUAUUGCUCGUCUUUACGAAUCUUCGGGACAUGCUGCCUGUCCAGCUUCGUCCGAGCAGUGCACCGCAAGGGCCGCGGCUAAACUGGCUCACGGACCACGAUCGCCGUUUGGGCUGGCCAGUCGUCACGUUCGUGUGCUCUCGCUGGAGGCGCAUCGCAAUUUCCUCUCCAGCACUAUGGUCGGAAGUGGUUCCCCACCUAGGAGGAGGCUGGUUGUCGGAGUUUGGGCGACGCAGCAAGUCCAUGCCGCUAUCUCUCAAUCUGAGAGAACUUCCCAUAACAACACCAUCGAACAUCAUUACCAUCUUGCCAGCCGUUCGCGAGUUCUUGAGGCAGAACCAAGCCCGAAUACACACUUUGGAACUCUCGCAAGUCUGGGACUUCCUCGAAGACGAAUACUGCUUCGAGCAUCUUGAACGUCUCGUCGCAGACGUGCAUCGCCGCGGCCCGCAUACCCGAGAUGCGAACAUCAUAUUCCGGCUGUCGGCUCCCAGGCUUCGCUAUCUCAAGCUCACAUUCGGUAACUUCUACAGUCGUUCUACCCGCAUUGACUGGCAAGCGAUGAACUUCCAUGAGCUUGAGACCCUCGUCCUCAAGCUCAAUCACGAUGUUGCCUCUCUGCAGAUGCCCUCGAUGUUUAAGGCCCUUCAGAACAUGCCACGACUAUCAGAACUCUCGAUAGUAGCACCCAAUCUGAGUCACUCUUUCCCCCUCGUUUGUGUGCAGUCCUGCCCGUGCCUGAGGUAUCGCCCAUACUGUUUACCGGCGCUUGCUCGACUGAGUCUCAACGACGACUUUCGCUCCACUGCACACUUCCUUCAACAUGUUCGCGUCCCCUCCGUAACCUAUGUUCGCGUGAAUGAACGCGGUCUAAGUGGAGCCGAGGCCGUUCGGUUCGUGACUGCUUCUGUUGCCCAGGCGACGCAGCCCGUUCUCAAGGCCCUGCCGCGCUUCUACGCUGCGACAGUAUGGAGCCCGGAUCCCCUUUCCAAGAGCAUCUAUGGUCAGAGAGAUCGUCAGGCAUACGCUACUCACGCAGUAGUCACUCUGACACGAUCAUCAACGCCGUCAUCCUUCUCCAUUGAGCAGCCGUACGACUUCCCUCUCCACACCGUCGUCGUGGGAUUACCUCUGAUUGAGGGCACCAUCAGGGAGCUCGCGUCUGCGUAUCACUUCCGCAGUCUACGUGCACUCUCCCUCGAGGGCUACAAAGGCGGUGUCUGGAUCGGCACGCUCAUAGGUUGCGUCGCGCUACGUGGAUUGGAGUUUUUGCGCCUAUCACGAGGGUACGCUGAUGGACACGCACUGAAUUCGUUUCUCUGCGACAACGAUGAAAGUGGCAACUUCCCUUUCCCCAAUCUGCGUACACUCGAUCUUCUCGCAAACUUCACUCUGAAACAACUCCUUGCGAGUGUCACUCUUUCUCUGCAUGGAAGCAAGCUCGACGGUACUGGCUUCGUGGCUGCGCCGCAAACUGUGCUAGAGAACAUCGUGCAUACACGGCGCGACGUCGGAUACCCGCUGGAUGACGUAUACGUUCGUAUCGAGGAGAGUAUCGCGGAGCUUAGGGCAGAGGAGUACUUCGAACAUAUGAGUUGCGAGCUACUCGACGAUGAGGGGUUAUUAGCAGCAGUGGCGCGAUUGGAGAUGCUGGGUGAAGUGCGGAUAGUCGGUCGAAGUUUCGCCGUCGAAAUGCCAGCGGGUAACACGCGAUAA